AACCACAGGUUGACUUUGCACAGUAAAGGUCUCAUCAACUCCUGGACGGAUGGAGGGGAACCUGAGCUCCUGCCAGCGCCGGAUCAUUGGACUCACAGCAGUGCAGACCCAAGGGAGCUGUGUGUGGUGUCCAGUCCAGAGAGGUCAUGUGAUACCUUCUCUGUCCCUGCAUGGGGCAUUGUGGCUCCACCCGACACAAACAUCUGCCAUCACAGAACCUUCCCGGGAAGCAGCCGGCCUCCUCGCAGCCUGGACGCCUCUCUGCGUCUCCCUCCUCCCCCGGGCUUUGUGCCGCCUGGAGUCCCCCUGCUGGAAGCCUCUCAGGUGAGCUUGUGGACACAGUGGACACCCCAGUAAUGGCCCCGACCGCCCCGGCAGCGGCUCACCUUCACAAGGCGUUCACGGACAGGUUGUGGCGCACGCUGUUCCUCCAGCCCGGACGGCGCCUCCUGAGGUGAGGAAAGCGCUCCUCCUUGGCUCUGUAGAUGGACGCCAGCUUGAGUUUCUUGGACGGGGAGGACAGGAGGACUUUGGCAUCAAUGCGAUGUAGGAGAGUGGGGGCCGUGAGAAGGAGCUGCUUGCGUUUCUCUGCUGCUCUCUGAAGAAUCCGAGCGAUGUUGAGUUAUUUGUCCUCUCUCUGGUUCAUUUAUUCACUGCAGGAAUAUGAUAGAUUUCCAACCCCACAUAUUCUGGCAGUCCGCUUCAUUCCUGUUGCUGGUCACUAUUUCCUUCCAGACAGCCUUUAUAUGUUCAUAAUCAGUUCAAGGGGUUGAGACACAACGCUCUUACUCUGUCACAGCCGUGAGAUCAACACAGGAUCAAUCUGGAUGUGUAGAAAACAGAAUGAGCUCAUGCUUCUUUUUUCUAUCAGCUUUUUAAAGGUAUUUCGGGGAGUCAGGACUUGGUCAGUGGGAAGGAUUUUGUUCCGUCAUGUGACACAUUGUUUGCCAAAAGCAAGAAAACACAAAUAUGUGCCGUGAUAAACAUGUUCCUUGUUUUACAAACAGCAUUACAGGGAGACGUUACAGUUACAUGAGAACCACUUAUUACUUAUUACUCUUUGAUCAUAAAACACAAACUUCCUCUUCCUCAAAGAGGCAAAGGGAAGGUAUUUUGCCUUCCUGAGUUAAGACUGCUGUACAUAGUUAAAGCCCCCCUGGCCUAUUUAUAGCGUUGGGCCUUGCAACAAUGUCCUCUGUAACUGGACUCCAUCUGUUAAGCAUGUUGAAUGUCAGUUGCCAGAAGCAGACGCACUGCGCUUCACUUCCCGCUGACUCUCCUACGGAGCGCCGCAUGGAGUUUGUGGGACGACCGAGACCUUCCGGGGCCUCCAACCUCUUAGGAGUGCCGGGCCUCGGCCCCCUGGAAGUGGACGACGAUGAGUGUGAGGUGGUGAUCGGCAUCAGGCCCAAAUCCUCUCCCCUUCCUCGCAGAAGGAGCUCUGACAGCGACGAGGACUGGGAGCCCGGGCCGCCCCCGUCCGGCUCCAGGAGAGUGUCCUUUGCAGACGCCAAGGGCCUCACUUUGGUGCACGUGAAGGAGUUUGAGACUUGGAAUGGACCCAAGCUGCCAGCAUAUGACUCCUCUGAGGGCCACGGUAGCGAUGGAGAGGUGUACUUCCUGUCUCCUCUCACUUUCUGCCUUCCGUUGUCUCCCGAGGAGCUGUUCCUAAGAGUCCAGGAGCAGAAGAUUGAACUGGAGACCAUCGAGUUACUUCCCGGGACCACGGUACUGAAAGGAGUGAUCCGCGUCCUCAACAUCUCCUUCAAUAAAGCCGUAUACAUCCGGACCACUUUGGACGCCUGGUCCAGCCACUUUGACCUGCUGGCGGAGUACGUCCCCGCUUCCAGUGACGGUGCCACGGACCGUUUCUCGUUUAAGCUCCCCGUUGUGCCGCCGCUCGGACAGCAGGGCGCCAGAGUUGACUUUUGCCUGAGAUACGAGACGCCGUCGGGCACCUUCUGGGCAAACAACAACGGCCGCAACUACGUGCUGUUCUGUCACCGGAGAGCGAGAGACAGGAACGAAACGAAAAGUUGUCUGAAGACCGUCGGUCGGAGCUUUUCCACUGGAGGAGAUACUGCUGAAAUGGAAGCAUCCUCAACGGAUGUGCCAGAUGAUGGAGCGAACGUUGACUCUCUGAAGGCCGAGAAAACCUCUGAUGGGCCGUCAGCGUUUUCAGAGGAGGAUCGACAGAAAUUACUGACCUGCAGCCAAAGAAGAAGCAGAAAGGCUGCACGGAUGGCGCGGGUGAGGGACUACUUUUCUCAGAGACGUGUAGGAUCGGAUGACACUGAAAGAGACGAGGAAAACCAAAAGGCAGCUCAAGAAGAAACCCCAGAGCAGGAGACGCUUCCUGAGGGGAGCGACAAACUCAUCGUUCUCCGUGACAAGUCACCGGCGUGCGACACUGAGAAAUGUCCGAGCAUCCGUUUGGCUGAGAAGCCUGCGGCUGCAGAAUGCCAAGAUAUCGACGAGUCGGUCUCAACAGCCGAGGAAAAGAGUCAGAAAGCUCCACCAGAAGAGAGGAGAGAAAGCGCAGACAGGCAGACCAACAGCUUCUCAUUUGGAACCGUGGUGGCUCCGUUGUAUCAUCAGAUGUUUGGCCGAGUAGGUAAUAAAAAUCCAGUUCAGUCCACGUUGCACCCUGAAGACUCGAGUCCCCGUCACACUGAGAGAGGACAGGUCCAUACAGGUGCAAAAGGUCCCCAGGGACAAGACACUCAGAGUCAACAUUCAAACCCAGAAUGUUUAGUUCCAAAUCGUCCGCCACUGGAACAAGAAGAACGGAGUUUAAGCGUGACGGCAAACAACAUCACGGACCACAAAGAAACUGUGCGGCAUCCAGAUCACGUUUUCCACUACGACCAGAUACAGACAAACACAUCUGAGGUACAUUCUCACGCCGCGAAGGUUGUAGCUCUAGAUUCCUGGAGUCCACGAAAGCCUGCUGAGACACGUGAAACACGAGAAGCCACGUCAGCAUUUAUGGCACCUCAACCUUCUGAGAGCGUGUCAGAGCGCGUUGGCGGCGAGACGCAGCGGCAGGCCAGCGGAGCAGACCACAGCGACGCCAACGCAGAGGAUGACGCCUGCGAGACAGAAGCUGCACCACCAACCGCUGCCCGCUCACAGGAGGGUGAAGCCAUUAAAGCUUCACAUGGUUUCAGCCCUAAACACACGCAUAAUUCAGAUACUGAAGAGACGCAGAUGAGCUGCGGUUCUUCUUUAAUUGGUAACAAUCACGUGUUUGUGGAGCUCACAAGUGAGGACGCUCAAAGCGCAGAGCAUCAUGGAAUGGACUCGAAACAGGAGGAACUGGCUGGCGUGAACUGGGAAGCUAUGGUUGAAGAAGAGGAGAAAAACAUAUUAACAGAUGAAGAGGCAGUGGCGAACGACCACGGACAGUUAGAGGAUGCAGGGAGAACAACAGCAAUUGAAAAAAAAGAUACCGCAGAGACGGUAGAAGAGGAAAUCAUUUUUGAGGAAAUUAAAGCUGCGAGACAGAAAUAUAACGAGGCCGAGGAAGCAGAUGUUUCAGAGACGAAUGGCGAACAAAGUGGGGAAGCGAAGGCACGAAAAGGUGCGGGAGAAGUUGCAAAAGAAUUCCAAUAUAGCAAAGCCCCUAAUGAAGCUGGAGAAGAAGAUCUAACUGAGGAGAUUAAAGAGGAGAGAAGAGAGAAACAAGAGUUUGAUAUUGAAAGGAAAAAUGUCCGAAACAAAGAGGAGGAAGGGAUGGAAGUACAUCUGAGCGAUGAUGACCAGGCAGGUUUGGGGUGGGAGGAUCAGGUAAAAUCAAGAGAGGUACACCUAGAAGAAGAUAAUCCACAUCACAGCGGGGAGAGGUUUGUUGUUGAAACAGAAGAGUCAGAGAUGAUCGAUGCAGAGUCAAAGGGCGGGACGAUGGAGGACGGGCAGAAUGAAGAGCACUGCUCUGAAGCCUCCUCAGACGUCACACAAAACAAGGUCGGCGAUGCUUUAUCUGCUUUGGUGAACAAUGUCCAGGACUCGGCAGGAAUUGACACCCAACACAUCUCAAGUGAAACGCAUCUCUGCAAAGAGGACGAUUAUUACUUUUUCACAAAAGCAACACUACAAAGAGCCGUGGGGGCGGAGAAGGAAUCCGCCGCUUGGUUCCUUUCUACAGGUGAACCUGAAAACGAUCCAACAAGCCGCGAGAGCGCCUCAGCAGAGUCCGACUCAGACGACGAGGUGGAGUUGUACAUGCACUGCCUCAGGGCCGUGCACAGCGGGGCCCAGGCGGACAGGAACAAGGACGCGGGUUUCGGUGAGGGCAAGUCACGGCCCCCUGUGAGCAGAGGCAAACUUCCGCCAAUGCCGUCCAUCAGUGAGUGUCAGGAUGAAGAACAACACCCCGGCUGCCUCCGUGAGGACGAGGAGACAGCACACGUCCGUCCCACAGCUGCAGCUCCGCCGACGUCAAGACGACAGGAGGACACCGACACGAAGGUUUCACGGCGGAAAGAGGCUUUUUCCUGCAGCGAGAUCUCAAAAAUCUUGUUAUUGGUCACCUUGUUGGUGGUAUUUUUUGUCGUGGCCUACCGUUAUGAUUUCCUUGCUUGUUUGGGGCUCUACUUGGUAUCCGUGGUUUGGCUCUACUGUCAAGAAGAGAGGCAACAACAAAAACAACAGAAUAGGUUGGAUUAAACUGUACCAUCAUUUUAUACUAUGUCCUUCAUCUGGAGAUAAAAACGUAACAGGAUGAGAAGAAAAGACAAUUGGCAUUAGUUCAAGCUAAAUAUGACACCUAUCAGAAUAAAUGCUGUAUAUUCCCUGCGGGAGGUUGCUGACUCUCUGUUGUCAAGAGUAUGAACCAUUUCACUUUAUUCUUUGCUGUCGUCUCAGACAACAGGCUGCUCACACUGACAUUAAUAAUUAACAUGAAUAUGAAAUAAACACAUUCUCCAAGAUCAAUAAUUCAAUGAGGACAAUAGUUUUUAUUAGUGUUCCCAGCACUAGUAUUCAGAGCGUCACAGUAUCCUAGUUUGCCGUGUUGGCAUUAAAGAGUACAGCUGAAGAUGAUGAGAAGGUCAUUAACAAAUUGACCAUGAACACAUGAUAUGAAUACGAAAAGCUUUCAUGGGUUGAAAGGUUAUCAGUGUUCAUCCUAAGAGGAACAUGAUGGUGUGUUUCAAACUUCGCAGGAAUCCAUCCAACAUUAUACUAGAAACCACAAAUUUGAACCACACGUUUGUUCUUAGUCCAAAAGUCAUGCGUUCACCAAGGUCUUCGGGUCCGUCUUUAAGGGACGGUGAAUGUCUGAAUAAAAUGUCACUGUAAUAUA